CGAAGAAUAUGUGGAAGGGAUGGGGAGGUGGUGCCAGUGACGUUGACACAUGGUACAAUAGUGUGGCCGCCACGGCGCCACCCUGCCCCUGCUUGCUACGUGUACACCUUCAAAAAUCAAAUACAAGAGGCUAAAGAGCGCUCAGCUCUCUGGACUCUCAUCAAUCAUCAAUGGCUUUAUUGGCGUUACCAUGCAACUGUCUUUCGAUCAAAUCUUCACACCCAAGAAAGCCCAUAACUCACAUUCCCCAAGCCCAGCUUAAAACCCCAACCCCAACCCCAUACCCGGAACCCAAACUCAUCGUCACGGGCGGAUCUAACCUCUCCGGCCACGUUUCCGUCAGUGGGUCCAAGAACUCGGCUUUACCCAUUCUCGCGGCGACCCUUUGCUGCUCUGGCUCUUCGAAGCUCCAGAAUGUGCCCGAUUUAUCUGAUACCCGAGCCAUGGCCUCCAUUCUGGAGUCCUUGGGCGCUAAAGUUGACAUUUUUGGUGGUGAAAUGGUGGUCAAUGCGGAUUGUAUUAAGUCAGUGGAGCCAGAUUGUAGCCAGAUUGGGAAGCUCCGAGGUGGGUUCUUCGUGAUAGGGCCCUUGCUGGCUCGGUUCGGUGAGGCUGUGGUUGGAUUGCCGGGCGGGUGUGAUAUUGGGGCUCGUCCUAUUGACUUGUACAUUAAGGGGCUUCGUUCUCUUGGUGCUGUUGUCCAGUUAAGGGAUGGAAAGGUGCAUGCCCAUGCUGCUAGUGGAAAAGGACUGGUUGGUGGGAAGAUUUGGCUUGAUUAUCCGAGUGUGGGAGCAACUGAAACCCUUAUGAUGGCUGCAAGUAUGGCUGAAGGAAGGACUGUACUUUCAGAUGCAGCUCAAGAACCGGAGGUGAUUGAUCUUGCUCGCUUCUUGACAAAAUGUGGAGCAUGCAUUGAAGGAGCGGGAACAGAUACUGUGUAUAUAAAUGGAAGGGAUCGGUUUCAUGGUUCUGAGUUUAGUAUAAUGCCAGAUCGCAUUGAAGCAGGGACGUUUAUGUUGGCUGCUGCAAUUACUCGAUCCUGCAUCUCAAUUUCACACGUUAUUCCUAGCCACUUGUCAUCCUUAAUAGACAAGCUUUCUGGUGCUGGUUGCAGAAUUAUAUGGAAAACUCGUGACACCUUGGAGAUUUCAGCUGUCCCUCGGACAACUAAAGAUGAUUUACGAGGCUUUGAUAUCAAAACACAUCCAUUUCCCGGAUUUCCUACGGACCUCCAACCUCCAACAAUGGCUUUACUCUCAACUUGCAAUGGCUCAAGUGUCAUUGAGGAAUCUGUCUUUGAUAAUCGCAUGGGCCAUGUGAAAGAACUCCAGAAAUUUGGAGUUGAAAUUCAGGUUUUUGGAAGCACAGCAUUGGUUUUCGGGAAGAAAAAUUCCAAUCAUCUGGUUGGUUCUCAUGUUACUGCAACUGAUUUACGCGGGGGUAUGUCACUGGUUUUGGCCGCUUUGGCUGCUGAAGGUAUUUCUGAAAUCUGUGGUAUCUCACAUCUAUAUCGGGGUUACGAGAAUUUGGAAAUGAAGCUUCAAGGACUGGGUGCUCGCAUAAAAGUAUCAAACGUUCAGUUCCAUUGAGAUCCCUGGUGAAAAAUCUAAUCUCAGCUUUAACAACAUGGAAUUCAAUGAGGCCUUGAAGGGAAAGGCUAGUGUUCUUGCUCUUUAUCAGUUCCCCCGCAACUUCAGCCGGAGUGACCUCUACUUCCUCCAACAGCUCUUCAAUUUCGGGAAACAUCUCGUGAUCAUGUAUCCCCAAAUAGUUCACCGCCAACUGCUUGAAUGCGGAAAAUUUGCAGUACGACAAAUGGAUAUGCAUAUCCAUUCUCCCGGGUCUUAGCAAAGCGGGAUCCAAUCUGUCAAUGUGGUUGGUUGUGAGCACGAUUAUCCUUUCCUCUCCACAACACGACCAAAUCCCAUCGAGAAAGUUAAGCAGCCCGGACAAUGUGACCUACAAGACUCCCUAUUCUCCAGCUUGAUGCUACAGUCGAUAUCCUCUAUCACGAGGAUUGAUCGGCUAGACAUGCCAAGCAGCAACGACCUCAAAUUUGAGUUGGUACGAACUUCCGUGAGAUCCAGAUCAUAUAUGUCGUAGUUGAGAUAAUUAGACAUGGCAGCAAUCAAGCUCGAUUUGCCCGUCCCAGGAGGGCCAUACAGCAGGUAACCACGCUUCCAAGCUUUACCGAUUCUCUUAUAAUACUCCUUCCCCGCCACAAAGUUGUUUAAAUCCUCGAUAAGUUCAUCCUUCGCCUUGCCAUCCAUAGCUAGCGUGUCGAAUGUCAUUGGAUGCUGCAGAAUGAUGUCGCUCGAAGCCCAUCCUCUGAAAUUCGAGUGGAACUUCGUUUCCUUGGCUUCGUCUUUUAUGGCUUUCGAUUUGUCCAGUAUGUGUGGCAGGUACGAUUGCACAACUUUCUCCUUAUGUUUCUUGUGAAAGCUGAGCUCGUACACACGCAGUUCAGAUCUCAGAGACGCAUUUAAGUCUCUGGCGUCGUCGUUUUGCUUUGAUGAAUCGAACUUUAUGCAUAUGAACCUCCAUUUCAACUCGACGUUCUCGUAGUAAUCCACUAUUUCCUCAUUCCCGUCCAUGCUCAGGACCAGGCCCUUGUCGUUCUCUGUCUUGCCUAAUCUGACUCUCUUCGUCGAAGGGUGCUCGAGCUUUCCCAGAUAGACCUCGACAGCCUCAAACAGCUGGUUCACCGACACGCCCUGGAACUCCUCGAUGACAAUGGUGAAUUGGGUGGAGAAACGCCGGUAGAGGCUGUGAACGCCGUCGAAGAAGUAGUGACGGAACUCCUUCGGAACGAAGUCCCUAGCAACGCUCCGGACAAGCAUGGCGGUGGCCGUGAAAGAGGCGAUGGUGGCAACAAUCGCCUUCAUGUUUGACGUGUUGUCUUGGAGCGCCAUUGGAGAUAUUGAGCUGAGAGGGAGAGGGGAAUUGGAUCAGGUUAGUGCUCUGUUCAAACUUUGAUCCUCGGACGUGUAUUUAAAUGUCUUGGGACAACGUUAAUUAAACAUUUAACAAUUGACUAGAGGUUGACUAGGAAGUUUCCUAGAAAUACCAGUUUUCUCGAAUUCUUCGUGAGUAAUACGGUUAAGUUAGGUUAAUCUAUACUCUUUUGUAAGUGUAAAAUGUGAAGAUUCUUUUGAAAUUACACAUUUUAAUUAAUUGAUGAUCUAAUUAAAGGAUUGAUUUAAUAUUA